UUUUCACUCACUUAACAGCUCUAGCCUAUACGGCGCAUUCCGCGGCGCCGGCCGCCACCACCGCCACCACAGCCACCACCGCCGCCGCCGCCUCAGUGGUCGGCCUAUCUAUAUCCAUCAUGCUAGAUCCUUCCGCAUCCGAUCUCCCCCUUCGUUCUCUUCCGCCGCUGCCCCUUCUCAAGCAGAAUUCAUGGUCACCUGACGUAUUCCGCGAAGAAGCCUGGCGGCGGAAGAAGGGAAGCCAAAUCAAUCGUAUUCGCCGGAGCAAGAGCGUCACCGACGAAGAUUUGGAUGAGUUAAAGGGAUGUAUUGAACUCGGAUUCGGGUUCGAUUCGCCAGAUAUGAACGAGAGAUUAUCUGAUACUAUUCCUGCUUAUGGGUUAUACUAUGCCGUUAAUAAACAAUACAACGACACUGUUUCUAAGUUAUCACGAUCUCCUUCCUUGAAUUCGUCGCCGCCCGCGUCUGAAUGCGAAUCUCCAUCGUCUUCUUCCGUUGGAAGCCCACUCACCAUAUUCAAUCCUGGAGAAAAUCCGCAGACGGUGAAGACGAGAUUAAAACAAUGGGCACAAGUGGUGGCUUGCUCUGUGCGGCAAUCUUCAAAGUGAUUGACGAUGAAUAAUUGAAAAUGGAAGCAAAAACUUAGCCAAAAUUUGAUCUUUUUCUUGUUAUUUCAUCCAUCUCUGCUAAUAUUUUCCAUCAUCAGCUUGCUAAUGACUAUUUCCAUUAAUUAUAAGCUUGACUCUGUUUGUUUUGUGGA